UAAACUAGAUCUAUAGUAAGAUUAAACAUGUCAUUUCUGAUCAAACAGAUGCCUUUCAGCGGCUCAACCAUGUUUGUAAUUUAGAGGAAAACACAACAAUAAGGGGAUCAGCUCGUGUCAAGAGUUGUAGAACUGAGAACAAGUCUAUCAGAACACCUGAGGCUUAGUCUGACCUACUGGGGGGCUAAUAUGUACACCUUUUGUCUCCAGCCAGUGAAAGGCGUGGUUAUAAUUGGCUGAAGGAAUGCAUCCAUGUACGAAUCACAUUCUUACAGGAUUAGAUCAUCAUGGCGUCCGCUGAGACCUAUGGAAUAUUCCGUACGAAAUACAGUAUGAUCGUGGCGUAGCACGCUACGCAGGAGUACUUGCGUGUAUCGAUACAGGUCAGAGUCAUAGCACAGCAAAGAAGACACCAGCUACGUUCGCUUGUAACAUCACAGUAGUUCACAAUUACUAACUAACCUGAGACAGAAGGACACCCUUGUUUAUAUUUCAAAGAUGACCAGCUGUGGUGAAAACUGGGUCUUCUGGGCUUACACCAACCCACUUUACCUGACAAAUGUUUCAGGAUAUCCGGAAGGAAGGAGCCACCCCAGCCACGCAUACGUCAUUGAGAAUCCUCACACUAAGGAUGAACAGAAGAAUGGUUCCCAGAAGACAAAAGCUGCAGCAGCUCCACCCGUCAGCACCACCACCAGGGACCUGUCCACAGAGGAGGCGGUGCCUGGAGACGACAGCUACCUGGUGCUGCUGGACAAGAAGGAGGAGGACCAAUCAUCCGGCUUCAACAUCAUGAAGGGGGACAACGGCAAGAUCUUCAUCCAGGACGUCCGACAGGGAGGACCAGCAUGGAAGUCUGGCAAGAUCCAUGAUGGUGACCAACUAGUCAGCGUCACUGUCUAUUUCACUGAUAUUGCGUACGAGGACGCGCUCACGAUCCUGAGUUACUCCUCGCCCUACAAGGUCCAGCUCCGGCUACGGAAGCCUAGCAAGCGACCCAGCCCAGUGGCAAAGACUGUACCCGUCACUAUUGAAAUGCAGCCCGUAGCAUCCGCCAGUGCGGAGACACAGCAAGAAGCUGCCACACGGCAAGAUGCUGCCAAAGUUCUACAGCCAAUACAGGCUGCCACGAUAGAACAGGAACCCGCUGUUGUUGUGGAAACACAACAAGAUGCUGUUAAAAUGGAACUACAUCAGCAACAGCCACCCAUAAAUGAACCUGAAGUCUUAGAGACGUUAGAACCACCACCUUCUCCUGAAGACAGACUCCCAGAGGUUUGCGGAGUAGAAGAUGUUGAUGAAGUUGACGAGGGUCUUUCUGAAAGAAAGCACAAUGCCAUUGUGAACGAGGCCAACAGAAUAGUAGACGAUGCAUUUGAAUCGGCAAAGGAGGAGCUCCGUAGAGAGGACAUUCGGCAAACAGACACGGAGAAGCCACUGACGCCCAGACUAGAGCGUAGAUUAUCCUCGACAAGCUUGCCAGGGGCAUUUCCUGAGGAAGCCACAUGGAAGUCCCCCAACCCAUACCCUUCCAACCUACCGGAGAUCAAAUUCACCGGCCAAUCAAAGUCUCUUGAUCAUCUGAACAAAUCCAUAGAAACCGACCUUCCCGACGACAUGAGACCACGUUCCCUGGCAGACAUAGACUUCUCCAAAUACAUUCCUCCACCCCUCUGAAACCCCCUCCCCCUAUGACCCCUGAUACUCCA